GACGGGGUUCAAAAUGACUCUUGUCGAAAGAUAAUCGGCUGCUGAGGCGAAUCGAACCGUCUCGUUUGGAGGUAACGCAACAGAUCCCAGAUCCUUUUGUUUUUCCUGUUGCGUCCGACCAGCUGAGCAUGAUGUAGAGCAUCUCCACCCUGCAUGUGCUGCAUGUCACUUCUGCUUUUGACGUCGUCUGUUCACAUUCCAGGUUUAAUCAAAGGAGAUUAAAAUUCCUCACAGUGACGCGCCCCCCGGGGCCGGCUGUCAAAGCUGGACCGUCCCGGACUUCAGCUGGAUGAAGACCAAAGAGAGGCUGCAGGGGGGACCUCAGAUGUUUGCCGUCAAGAACAAUGUGUGCGCUCGCUGCUGUGAGCUGGAGAGGAGCAAAGAAAAAGCUGAACCAGCAGAGGAGAGCUGUGCAGGUCGCCUGUGCACAAGAGAAGCUGGGCCGUGCCCUUUUUGCCAUCAGAGAGGUGAAGCACAAGAGGGCAAGAAUUUUUCACAUCCCAGAGCUCUUAAUGCAGGGUCCGGUCUCCAUGGAGACCCUGUCUGCAAGAUAAAGACGUCAUCAGUCCCAGGCUUCCUGAGAUCUUCUCCACUGAGCGAGACGAGUCUUCCUGCAGAAUCAUCCACCACGCAAGUGCCAUUAAGAUUGCAGAUCAAAGUAUCUGGCCAAAGUGGUCGUUUGGGGAUCAGCAUCGCUGGUGGGAAAGGUUCUCUGCCUUAUAAAGAUCAAGAUGAAGGCAUUUUUAUUUCCAGAGUAGCUCAAGGAGGGCCAUCCGAAAAGGCUGGGAUCCAUGUUGGAGACAGAGUACUUGAGGUCAACGGCAUCAGCAUGCAGGGUGCGACCCACCACGAAGCAGUCGCUGCCCUCAGGAAUGCCGGGUGCUGCAUUAAGCUGAAGGUGCUCAGAGAAAGGCUGCUGCCCUCAGACGUGUACGUCCCGGCCGUGUCUCAGGAUCCACCGGACCCGGCGGCUGGUCGGCCGCUGUGCUCGAUCAGCAAACAGUCACAGCUGGAGGAGUCAGAAAAAUGUUUGCCCAAGAAGAUUGAGGCUGUUGUCUGCAAUGGGAACAGUGCUUGUGAUUCUGACAGUGAUCUGAACAGAACCCUGUCUGAAAUCGAAGCAGAGAAAUUAAAAUUGGACUCACUCAAAGAGAUGAAUCACAUAAUGUCCAUCCCCCGAAUUAUACUCACUCACCCCUCUACCUCAGAUGAAGAUGUUGAGCUCUUGUCACAGAUUCCCAGAAGACAGCGGCUUCGUGACUGACAAGCAGACCAGUGUGGGCACUCUGGGUGUUAUGAUGGUGCUUUUUACUCAUUUGGAGCCCAUUUUGGAACUUUGUGGCUGCAGUACAGGGACCAGUGGUGGUUCCUCUUUUUUUCAGGGACAUUGAAGCGUAGGAGUUUACAUUCGCUCAGCAUGGGCUUGUUAACCAUAUUAAUAUUAGGAUUUUAAGGAUUUACUUAAGCUAUUUUUAAACACGUGGACUGAUAAUACAAGAUACAAAUUAAUAGAUUUUUAGAAACAAGAAUUUGAUGCAAAAAUGUAUAUUUAUAGCAGAUUUUCUCCGA